AUGAGUUGCACUGAUGUAGGGGUACAAAACGUAGGGUUGGAUGGUCCAGCGAACCGAAACAAUUCCCAAUGGACAAAGGAGGAUUUUAAAGAGCGUUAUUGGGUUGUAUCACUGAGAAGAAGAAAAAGUCUUUUUAUUUAUCAAAAUUACAACAUACAAAUUAUAAAAACAAUAUAA